UCACGAGUAUGUAUAUAUAUAUAUCAAACACCACAAACAAAAAAUAUUUCAUCAUAAUAAUGGAAUUAUUUUAUCUUCUAUGCUCUAUAGUCUACACUUCCAUCACCACUCUUAUUCUAUCCCUUUUCCUUCCCUUUCACACGUUGCUUCGCCGUUUAGUACUCUCACGCGCCGCUUCUUCCUCUUCCGGUGAAGGGGAUGAAUUCAUAUCACUCUACGAAGGUACAAUCUAUCAUCAGCGCCGCCAACCCGUUCACCACUCCUUUCAACACCAAAUUCGCUACGCGCUUAUUGAUCUCGACCGUACACCUCACGCGCCACCCAAUCAUCUUUCUCCUGAUGAAGCUCGUCAAAUUACUGAUACCAAUGGACCUAUUUUGCUUUUGACAAUUCCACCUAGUGUUGGAUAUGAACAAAACCCAUUGAGUGUAUAUUAUUGCUAUGAUGUUGAAGAUUCUUCUACACGUUUGAAGAAAUGUAUUGCUGAGGCAACCAAUUCACCAUGGUCCGAAAGAUUAUCCUUCACUUUCAAUCCACAUUCUGAUCUAGUGGCCAAAACUAUGCAUGUCAGUCCUUUUAUGGAUAUGCUUGGAAAUUGGAGUAUCAAAGCAGGUGAACCUGGAGAGAAUCUUAACAUAUCAAUUUCAAUUCAUCACCCUGAGCUUGGAAACUAUUUUACUGCUACUCUGAAAGCCAAAAAGUUGUGCUCAUCAUCAACGUCGAUUUUAGAUCAUUCAGUUUUCUUUUGGUUGAUACCUCAUAAGAUUGUUGUGGGGAUGUAUUGGAAUGGUUUGAAACUGUGGUGGAAAAAUGUGAAAUUUAUACCACACCCUAAAUAUACCAAUCUUGCGUACAAGGAUGAAUCUUUAAUUCGAGAGAGAAAAUUACAGUGUUGUCCAUUCAGUAGACAAAGAGAAAUCAACGAAGAUUGUUUAGCCGGAGGAACUCCUAAAGAAAGGUGGUUUAGAUGGAUUGAUGCUAAAUGACAAUGGCCAUAGAAAAUUAAUGCCAAAUAUUUGUUACAUCAAUCAAUCAUGGUUUGUUAUUUGUCACAUCAAUCAAUUUAUAUAACAAACAUGACAUUGUAUCAUGAUUUGUUAUUUGUCACAUCAAUCAAUCAAUUUAUAUAACAAACAUGACAUUGUAUCAUGGUUUGUUUUCUUGUAUUUUUGUUUUUUAGUGUGAUUUUCAUAUAUUUGUUUGUUUUUGUGUAUUUUGUUGUUCCGUCGUUGUGCGGUGUAUCUUGUUGUCUCGCCUUUGUGCGGUAUACUUUGUUUUUCUGUCUUUGUGCGGUGGGGAGGGAUUGUCUCCCGUGGAUAUCUCACUGGAGAAUAUCCAGUGUUGAUAUCCACCCUUCUUCUUUUUUUGUCAUCAUUAAACAAUUGUAAAAUAAAAUAAAAUGAAGGGUUUAGAUUUAAUGGGAGGGAAAUGUCACCGGAGACAACCUCAUCCCUUGUGUGGUGUUCAUUUGUUUCAGGUUGAAGGAUUAGAUCUGAUCAAGUGUAAA